AUGGAUCGGUUAGGUGUACUGUCCGCUUUCGUUCAACCGAACAAACAUUCUAGUCAAUUCCGCAACCCAUUCGGUGGUCGGCCAUGGAUGGAACAGCACGGUGCUGCUGCCGCUGCCCCCGGGGCCAAGGGGCUCAAGGGCAUCGUGGCCGGUGGCAUAACGGGCGGUAUAGAAAUUUGCAUCACCUUCCCGACCGAGUACGUGAAAACGCAGCUGCAGCUGGACGAGAAGGGCGCGACCAAGCAGUACAACGGCAUUAUGGACUGCGUGAAGAAGACGGUCAAGACGAACGGUGUGCUGGGGUUGUAUCGUGGGCUGAGCGUACUGUUGUACGGUUCCAUCCCGAAAUCAGCUGUCCGGUUUGGGGCGUUCGAAAGCCUGAAGGGACGACUGAUGGACACAAAUGGACAGCUGAGCACGUCCGGUAAGCUGCUCGCAGGUUUGGGAGCGGGUGUGGCAGAAGCCAUCCUUGCCGUAACGCCCAUGGAGACGGUCAAGGUGAAGUUCAUCAACGAUCAGCGCAGUGCGACCCCCAAGUACAAGGGUUUCUUCCACGGUGUCGGUAUGAUUGUGCGCCAGGAGGGUCUGUCCGGGGUGUACAAGGGCCUGACGGCGACCAUAUUGAAGCAGGGCUCGAACCAAGCGAUCCGGUUCUACGUGAUGGAAACGCUGAAGGAUCUGUACAAGGGCGAUGACCCUUCCAAACCGGUCCCGAAGAUGAUGGUCGGAGCGUUCGGUGCCGUGGCCGGAGCUGCCUCCGUGUUCGGCAAUACGCCGAUCGAUGUGGUGAAGACGCGCAUGCAGGGUCUCGAGGCGGCCAAGUACAAAAACACGGCCGACUGUGCGCUGCAGAUCUGGAAGAACGAGGGACCGAUGGCGUUCUACAAGGGUACCGUGCCGCGAUUGAGCCGGGUCUGUCUGGACGUGGCAAUUACGUUCAUGAUUUACGACUCCUUCAUGGAUCUGUUCAACAAGUUCUGGCGCUAG